GCUGUCACUUCGUUCUCACGCCAGGAAGGAGAGUUGGUCCAACUGCGAACAAUAAUCUACUGAAUUCUUUGUUGAUGGUUUAGUGUGUGUGUGUGUGUGUGUGUGUGUGUGUGUGUGUGAAAUGGAAAAUUAUACCUUUUCCUCUUACUUUAAACUCACAAUGUUUGUGGACAUCGGGAACUACCAGUAUCCGGCCUUCGUCUUCUGUCUCCUGCUCUACAGCUUCAUCGUCUCCGCUAAUCUUGUCAUAAUACUGGUGAUAUCGCGCGAAAGAUCACUACAUGAGCCCAUGUACAUUUUCAUUGCUUUGUUGUCUGUCAACUCGCUGUACGGCUCGGCUGGUUUCUUCCCCAGAUUCCUCGUGGACCUUCUGUCUGACUCUCAUUUGAUCUCGCGUCCUGCUUGUUUCACUCAGAUCUAUGUCAUUUACACGUAUGCUGCCUACGAAAUGACCAUUCUCGGCGUCAUGGCGUAUGACAGAUAUGUCGCUGUGUGUCAUCCUUUGCACUACCACAGGAAGAUGACUUCUAAAACUGUUUAUUACUUGACAGCGUUGGCUUGGUUUUUUCCGACCUUUGUCCUAACAGCAGUUAUUUCUAUGUCCGCCGGCCUUCCCUUAUGCGGUAAUGAGAUUCAAAAAGUGUUUUGUGCAAACUGGAGUGUUGUGAAAUUAUCAUGUGUCAGCACCGCUGUCAACAACGUCGUCGGUUUGCUUUUAACCAUAGGAAUAGUUUUCCUUCCCCUUUUCUACGUGCUGUACACCUAUUUACGAAUUGUAGUGGUUUGCUGGAAGAAAUCGGCAGAAUUCAAAGUGAAAGUAUUACAGAGCUGUCUUCCUCACAUGGUCUCAUUUGUGAUCUACUCCAUCACAGGAUUUUGUGAUAUUGCCUUGAGCCGAUACGAUCCUGAAGAGUUAAACCCACUUGUGGCCGUUAUUUUGUCGCUGGAGUUUGUUGUCAUCCCUCCAGUUCUGAAUCCUCUUGUGUAUGGGCUGAAGUUGCCCGAAAUCAGAAGACACAUUAUACGGGUGUUGCCAACAUUUAAGCAAUAACCAGUUUGAACCAUCCCCCAGCAUAUUUUUAUGACUAUUUGUAUGACAACACAAAAGAAACCCCAACACCCGUCAACUCACAAUAUAACUGGAGGAGAAUAA